AUGGCAAUGGCAAUAUAUGGGGAAUUGUUUUCAUUUAUUUUGGGUCCCCCCUUUCGAGUCCCCCCAUUUGCCGAGGGCCAAUCAUCGCCAAGGGGAUUAGAGAGUCUUUGGGCGUGUGGCACCGCAAGAUCUUUGUCAUUGAACUUGAAAAGAAGCCGAAGAACCGAGACACCGAGGGCAGAUGUCAAGCUGCUAAAGAUCACACUAAGCACAAACAUCGCAUCGCCCAAGGAGCUCAACUCAUUUGAAUGA